AGCCGCUCGGAUACAAAAAGGGCGAAUCCAGUGGGUGCCUCUUUUCCACAAGUCCCCAAUCUUACGCACUUGUGGUAUGGAGUCCUGGGAUUACUAUCCUUCCCCGUCGUCGUCUUCCUCUUCGAGCUCGCCAUCGCCCAUGUUCAAGACGGCUAACCCUGAGCCAACGACCAUCACUUGCCUUCCUACCCACCAGGUCUUUGAUUUUCCCCUGCCUUCCCCGUCGCCUCCUCCCACAUCACAACCACAGGCAGAGGAGAUGGCAAUGACGACAGAUACCUCAGUAUCAAGUAAACGGACGUCGCCUACGCCUCAUUCAGUGACUGCGAAACGGCCCAGAGAACGCAUGACAACCCGGGAUUUUGUCCCGCCCGAUGUGUCCGGCUUGUCGAAACGAGAAGCAAGGCUGGUGAAGAACAGGGCAGCAGCAUUCCUCAGUCGACAGCGGAAACGAGAGGAAUUCGAGGCCAUGGAAAUUCGGGUAGCCGAACUUGAACUUGAAAAUGCACGUUUGCAAGCACUGGCAGGAGGCGCAUCACCACCGUCGCCAUCACCAUCGACGUCGACGACGUCCGAGAUAGACGACCUGCGCGCCCAGCUCGCGGAAGCCCAGGCGCUUCUGCAGUCUUCGCCCCAGCCAGAAGCCAUCAAGACAGAACCCACUGAAACGCCGCUUCCCUCGUCGUCUUCAUCCAAGUCCGCCUUAAUGGCACUUCUCUGCGCCCUGCCUCUCCUUCAGUCCCUCCCAAUUUCACCUUCUCCCGCUACGACGACAUCACCAUCGUCCUCUGCUCUUGACGUCUCCUUCGACGCCCAGACUGCUUCGAACGGUGCUAUCCGGGUGCGCAUACAUGACCCCCAGCCUCCCUCUCCCACUCCUGCGUAUCAAACCUAUGAUGAUCCGUUCUUUGGGAUGGGCCUCGACAUGGGAUUCGACAAUGAUUUUCUUUCCCCUGUCUCGGUUCCGGCUACAGCGUCGUCGUCUCCAUCCCGUCGCGUACGUAUCGCUCUUAGGAGUACCGAACACGCCGAGGGCGGCGAGUGGGAGGUCCAGCUGUGCUAACCUCCGAAUCCGACGGUAUAGGUGUUUGAGCGCUCUCGCCGUUUCACUGCUAAAUCUUAUUUCUCCUUGCUAACGUUAUCUCUGUACAUGCCGUCCUGCAAAAAGUAACAUAUUAUUUUCAUCGCUCUCUGUAUACAUAGUACCGUAGGAUCUCAAUCUAGUGUUUUUCCCCUUCGUUUUGUGUAUUCAUUCUCAAACACGGACUAUAGAAAUCUCCUGUCUUUUUUUUUUGCAUCCCAUCAAUGAUCAUUCCCACCCCUUCCCGGUCUUAAACAC